CGCAAACUGGACUCUGCACCACUAAAGAAUGACUCAAAGACCUUCUGGGGGAGGACGCCAACGCCUGUUCACACAACAGCAGGAACUUGCCGUUGUGGACCUAGUGAGGGCAGACAAUGCCAUCCGUCUCCACCAGCUACAAAAGAAAAUACUUGCAGACAGGCAAGUGUUCAACAACAUAAACCAUGUGAGCAUCACCACCAUCAGACGCAUCUUGGGAAAACACAGUAUCACCAUGACGCAGCUCUACAGAGUCCCAUUUGAGAGGAACAGUGACAGGGUCAAAGGACUUCGAGCUGAAUAUGUACGGAGAAUCUUGGCCAUGGAUGGAGCUGCACAGCCUCAUGAAUUUAUUUUCCUUGAUGAAGCUGGAUUCGACCUGAGCAAAACAAGACGACAGGGUCGUAAUAUAAUUGGCCAAAGGGCAAUUGUGCAUGUCCCAGGGCAGCGCGGGGGAAAUAUCACAUUGUGUGCCGCCAUAAGCCUUCGAGGGCUUCUGCAUCAUUAUGCAAAACUAGGUCCAUACAAUAGCCAACAUAUACUCACAUUUCUAGAUGCUCUCCAUAAUAUAGUUGUACAGAACAGAGCAGAUCAGCCCAGGUUUGUGGUGAUAUGGGAUAAUGUCAGUUUCCAUCGGGCUGCUCUGGUCCAGGCCUGGUUCUCCAACCACAAUCAAUUUGAAGUGGUAUACUUACCCCCUUACUCACCAUUUUUAAACCCUAUAGAGGAAUUCUUUUCGGCUUGGAGAUGGCGUGUAUAUGACCGCCAACCACAUGCCUGCAUGCCUCUUCUGCAGGCAAUGGAACAGGCCUGCGGCGACAUUCAGGUGACAGCAACCCAUGGAUGGUUUCGACAUGCAAGAGGAUAUUUUCCCCGGUGCCUAGCGUGAGAAGACAUUGCUUGCGAUGUCGAUGAGGUCCUGUGGCGAGACCCCAACAGACGGCGGGAUCCAUGAGUCCACGUAUGCACAAUUGUCAUGAUCUUUUGUGUUUACAGUAUAGUGUUUUUUCUAUUACUGUGUUAUGGUUUUUUUUUUAGCUUUAUCUGAAUUCAUGGUACUGCAAUAUUGAGUAGGCCUAUUUGCUUUUUUGGUUGUUUGAAAAUGUGUCUCCUGAAAAUAUGCCUUCUGAAUAAACAAUGAAAAUCAAAGACUGCAGUGUUUUAUAUAAAGUAGAC